AUGGAUAAAUACAACACAUUAUCAAGCUUUCUCAAGGAGUUCUACAUACCUAGUUACGUCCUCUCGCCGGAAUCGGAGGAGGCACCUCUAGUACAGCUGGCCGCUCCACCGGAGAGCCCCGUCAUUGUCUUCAUCAACUCCAAAAGCGGUGGUCAGUUGGGUGGGGAACUUCUCCUCACCUAUUGCUCUCUUCUCAAUGACAAGCAGGUCUUUGAUCUUGGGGAAGAGACUCCAGAUAAGGUGCUCCGCAGAAUCUUUCUUAACCUUGAGAGGCUAAAGAAUGAUGAUUUCUCUCGUCAUAUUCGGGAAAAGUUAAAAAUAAUUGUUGCAGGAGGUGAUGGAACUGCUGGAUGGCUCCUUGGAGUUGUAUGUGACCUAAAAUUAUCACAUCCUCCUCCAAUAGCCACCGUACCUUUGGGUACAGGAAAUAACCUUCCCUUUGCUUUUGGAUGGGGAAAGAAAAACCCCGGAACAGAUAGGACUUCAGUGGAGUCGUUUUUGUAUAAAGUGUCGAAAGCGAAAGAGAUGAAGAUCGACAAUUGGCACAUACUUAUGAGGAUGAAGACUCCUAAAAAAUGCUCUUCUUGUGAUCCUCUUGCAUCUCUUGAGUUACCACAUUCUCUACAUGCAUUUCACCGUGAUGGUUACCUCACAUUUCGUGGGGGGUUCUGGAAUAACUUUAGCCUUGGAAUGGAUGCUCAAAUUUCUUAUGCGUUUCAUUAUGAGAGGAAGCUGCACCCUGAAAAAUUUAAGAAUCAGCUGGUUAAUCAGAGUACGUAUGUAAAGCUUGGUUGUUCGCAAGAAAAAGCCUCUCUUUUCCAUCAUGCUUCACGGAGCAUAGCUCAAUUUGCAAAGGUUAAGAUUGCAGAUAAAUAUGGCCAGUGGCAUGAUCUCCACAUACCCCACAGCGUCAGGUCCAUUGUAUGUCUGAAUCUGCCCAGCUUUUCUGGAGGACUAAAUCCUUGGGGCACACAAAAUCGCAAGAAACUAGGCAAACCAUUUCACAAGAAACAAAGCGAUAGAGACUUGACUCCACCAUUCGUUGACGAUGGCCUCAUUGAGAUUGUUGGGUUUAAAAACGCUUUGCAUGGUCUUGUCCUGCUCGCUCCAAAUGGACACGGCAAGCGACUUGCCCAGGCAAACCGAAUUCGCUUCGAAUUUCGGAAAGGUGCAACGGACCAUACGUUCAUGAGGAUGGAUGGGGAGCCAUGGAAACAGCCACUGCCAAUGAACGAUGAAACCGUGACGGUUGAGAUUUCAUCACAUCUUGGCCAAGUGAGCAUGCUUGCGACUCACGAUUGCCGGUCCAGAAGCAUGUACGAUCCUUCCCGACAUCAGGAUGAUAAUGAUGAAGACGACUCAAUGUCUGAAGACGAGGGAUCUACCAAGUUUGGUUUUGCAGAUACUUUCAAGAUCCCUCACGAGCCAUUUGUGGAUCACGAGAAACACUUUGUAUGUUCUCAAGAUUUCAACUAA